CAGCACUUUGGUUUUCUUUUCAUGCAGACACCACUGUCAGCACAUACACUUUCAGCAUGAACCACUCAGCUGAGUUGUCUCCUUCAGAGGAAAUGGCCCCUGAGGAGUUUGUUGGUGGAACAGCAGUGGCUUGUGUGAUCCUGGGUCUGUCCUUCCUGGUUGGAGUUCCGGGGAACCUUCUGGUGAUCUGGACCAUCCUGAGACACAUCAAGCAGCGUUCCCACACCGUGGUGCUCAUCCUGCACCUGGCUGUUGCGGACCUGCUGGUCCUUAUCACCCUGCCUCUGUGGAUCUACUCCAUGGCCCACUCCUGGGUGUUUGGAGAGGCCUCCUGCAAAGCAAUAGUGUUCGUGAUCACCGCCUGUAUGUACAGCAGCGUUUUCCUCAUCACCCUCAUGAGUGUGGAACGUUUUUUGGCUGUGCGUUAUCCUUUUGCUUCAGCUGACUGGAAAAGGAAAAAAGCUCUUGAUAAAGUACUGCUGACUCUGUGGAGUUUAGCGUUCUUGUUCAGCAUCCCUGUCAUCCCAACUCAGGUUAUGGAUAAGGAGUCUGGUGAGGAGCAAUGCCUGUAUCGGGAGUACACUUCUUUGACGCAGGAGUUGGUCUGUGUGCUGCUGGAGACACUGGUGGGCUACAUAAUACCUUUCUCCAUCCUGGUGGUCUGCUAUGGCUGCCUGUGCAGCCGGAUUACUCAGAUGACCUUCAAGUCCAAGCGCAAGUCUACUGUUCUCAUUGCCAGUGUGGUGGUUGUGUUUGGCCUUUGUUGGACACCUCAUCACUUGGGAAAUGUCCUCUCACUAGUCAUCCUGGGCAUGUAUGGUUUCUAUUCUGAUGCAGAAAACUCUCUGGAGCGCGUCAGGAGCACUAUGAUCUUCAUCGCCGGAGCCAUGGUGUUCAUCAGCAGCACGGUAAACCCCCUCCUCUACAUGUUCGCAGCUCGCACCUUCAGGAGCUCCCUGCGUGACACCGGCAUCCAGAAGCUCUUCCGACACAUCUCCAGCACGUCCCCAGGCGAAGGCAACAGAGAGGUGUCCUUUGUGUCUAAGAGACAAAGCAAUAUUACCAACAGCUCCCAGUGUGUGUUGGAGUCAAAAGACCAAAUGGACAUAUUGAUAAAAAUGUGUGAAAAUAAUGCGUCCUGAUAUUGAAACUGUACAGGUUGUACAUCUGUGCUCCGUGUGUCUGCGUAAAUAUUAUUAUUUUUUGUAUUUUUUAAUUUCACAACACAGAUUAACAGGAUGUCACUUGAUCUGUUUCAAUACUCGUCUAGAUCUGUAAUUUUCCAUGAUUUGGUUUGCUUUUACAUCGUGAACAUGUAUUUAUAAAAACUGUAUAUUAUGUACAUAGAUUUAUGUCAUUUGGUAUUAAAAAAAUUGUACUGUAA